CUUGAAGGCUUCCUGUAAGUUCUGGGGUUCUGCUUUCAGGUUCAGUUCUGUGCCCUACUGCUUGACUGCACUGCCCCUUACAGUUCUCUAGUUGUAGUCCAAAACAUCUGGAUAGCACCAGGUUGGGGAAGGCUGCUGUAGGUCAUUGCUCAUAAGUGUAAUGACAAAGGCCCAUCUGCUUCCUCUUCCUCGAAAGCUCUAUGCCAUGUACUGCCAGAAGUGAAAAAUGGCUAAAUGCAAUGGUUUAAGAAAAGUACCCUUUUUAUUGUUGGAAGAUGUAUACAUACAGAGAAAUCAGAGUGCUUGACCGCAUUCUCUGUACAGCAACAGUUCUGGGAAUUGGCUGCUCUAUUCUAAUAAAAAGCUGUAUUACUCUAAGAGCUGCUUCCUCAGAUUCUGCUUGCAUUCUGGAAGUAGGCUGCUGAGCAUAGUUGGAGACAUUUAUAUAUUUAAAAAAUAAACAUUUCAUCACCUUGACAGUUGUGGGACAGGACAGAAGCUUACAAUCUGGUAUCUGGGGGGUCGAGCCCCCCCGAUGAAAACAGAGCUUUGGGGGAGAAAAGAAGACUGCUUCUCUGUAGCUGUGUGAGAAGCCCUGCGAUGGCAGCUGCAGUUGCCACCAAGACAGCUUGGAAGCUGCAGGAAAUCACUGCUCACAGCAGCAAUGUUUCUUCCCUUGUGCUGGGCAAAGGUUCAGGCCGGCUGUUGGCAACUGGUGGAGAUGAUUGCCGCGUUAAUAUCUGGUCCCUUAACAAGCCAAACUGCAUUAUGAGUCUAACGGGUCACACAACACCGGUGGAGAGUGUGAAGAUUAAUACGAAUGAGGAGCUGAUUGUUGCAGGGUCCCAGUCAGGCUCCAUUCGGAUCUGGGAUCUGGAAGCUGCCAAAAUUCUCCGUACCUUAAUGGGCCACAAAGCAAAUAUCUGCAGCCUAGAUUUCCAUCCUUUUGGAGGCUUUGUAGCUUCAGGAUCCAUGGACACCAACAUUAAGCUUUGGGAUGUGAGAAGAAAGGGUUGCGUCUUCAGGUACAAGGGUCACACACAAGCAGUUCGGUGUCUCCGAUUCAGCCCUGAUGGCAAAUGGCUGGCAUCAUCUGCAGAUGAUCACACAGUGAAGUUGUGGGACCUGUCUGCUGGGAAGAUCAUGUUCGAGUUCACGGGACACACAGGGCCAGUCAACGUUGUAGAAUUCCAUCCCAAUGAAUACCUUUUGGCCUCAGGUAGCUCUGACAGAACUGUCAGGUUCUGGGACUUGGAGAAGUUCCAGGUAGUGAGCUGCAUUGAAGAAGAUGCCACUCCUGUCAGGUGUGUGCUGUUUAACCCUGAUGGCUGCUGCUUGUAUGCUGGCUGCCACGAUUCCCUGAGAGUGUAUGGCUGGGAGCCUGAGCGCUGUUUUGAUGUGGUCUUGGUGAACUGGGGCAAAGUGGCUGAUUUGUCUAUCUGUAACAACCAAUUGAUUGGUGUUUCUUUCACACAAAGUACAGUCUCUUCAUUUGUUGUGGACCUCAGCAGAGUCACAAAAUAUGGGUCUGGCCUCCAUGGACUGAUGAAGGAUGACAAGCCUCUUGCUCAGCCCAUGCCUGUGGGCUCUUCCCUUCGACGCAUCUAUGAUAGGCCAUCAACUACAUGCAGCAAACCCCAAAGGGUGAAACACAACUCAGAGAGUGAGAGGCGUAGUCCAAGCAGUGAGGAUGACAGGGAAGAUAAGGAAUCCACUGCAGAGAUCCAGAACCCAGAAGACUACAAAGAGAUUUUCCAGCCAAAGAAUUCCAUCACUCGAACUCCACCCCACAAGAGCGAGCCUUUUCCUGCUCCUCCAGAGGAUGAGCCCAUGCUUGCCAAAGAAGCCUCAAAGUCCAGUCAAGUGGUGGAUAUUCAGACUCCAUCGCCAAGCCAAGAGAAUCAGCUUGACCCUAUUCAGAGGCCACCAAUAGCUUCCUCAACCCCCAAGACCAAGGUGGAGCCAUCUGUGAUCCCUGCUGCCAGGAAUGAGCCUAUCGGGCUGAAGGCCUCUGACUUCUUGCCGGCUGUGAAGAACCAAAACCUGACAGAGAUUGUGGAUGAAGAGGCCAUGUCCCAAAUCCGGAAGGGCCAUGAGACCAUGUGUGUGGUGCUUACAAGCCGCCACAAGAACUUGGAUACAGUGAGGGCUGUGUGGACCACUGGAGACAUCAAGACAUCUGUGGACUCGGCAGUGGCCAUCAAUGACCUUUCUGUUGUGGUGGACCUCCUGAACGUUGUCAACCAGAAGGCGUCUCUUUGGAAGCUGGAUCUGUGCACAGUCAUCUUGCCUCAGAUAGAGAAACUUCUGCAAAGCAAAUAUGAAAGUUAUGUCCAAACAGGCUGCACGUCUCUCAAGUUGAUCCUGCAGAGGUUUCUGCCCCUCAUCACAGACAUCCUUGCUGCACCGCCAUCCGUGGGGGUAGACAUUAGCAGAGAGGAGAGGCUCUACAAAUGCCGUCUGUGUUACAAGCAGCUUAAAAACAUCAGCAACAUAAUCAAGAACAAAUCUGGACUCAGUGGCCGCCAUGGCAGUGCCUUCCGUGAGCUGCAUCUCCUGAUGGCUGUCCUUGAGUGACGGUGAUGGCGUCUGCCGCCCACACACAUACCACCAGGGGCUCAUCUUCCCUCCAUGGCCUCUCACUCCAGCCCGCUGUGGGUAGUUUUGUUUGGUGUCCAUCUCUCCACAUUCUUGUGGGGGGGGGGUGUGGCACUGAUGGACUGGCUGCUCCAACUUCAGUGCCUUACAGGCUAGUUGGCAAACCAGACUAUUCUGCUCUGGCACAGUCCACCUCCUUUGGGCAUAUACACCCCCGUUUUUGGAGGGGGCUGGGAAUGCAGUAGCAGAAUCCAACCAUGGACAGCAUCCCUUCAUCUGGGCAACCAGCAGUGCUUGGGACCAAGUCUUUAUUUAAUGGUGAGCCCUGCACUGCUUCCUUUCCAGUCUCGCUGCUGUGGGACUUGAGCUAGGAGUGGGUGAGGCUGGAUCUGUCUGAUCGCCUCAUUCCUGUAAUGCAGUUUUGCUCUGUCCUUUGCACUUGUCUUUUGGGCUGGAGGAGUUGAGCCAACCUCUGCUGACAUUUGAUGGGUCUGCCCAGACCCUCCUGCUUUUCUCCAUGGUGGAUGUCUCGGUACUGCACCAUGGGCUGCUCUUUCCCCUCCAUCUCAUGUUAACACGCUGCAGCCUGCCGUUCAUAAACGGCUAACUUAUAACAAAUUUCAUUAAAACAUUUGAAACUUUGUUUUAGAAGACUUUGUAGAGUUUUGUGUCUUUCCCCUUCUGCAGCUCAUAAUUUUGUUGAGGUUAAAGAUUAAUAUUUUCAUUUUAACCUAUCCAUAAAGAAAGUCUUAAAUGGUUUGCUUUAUAUGUUCCUCCCUUCUCUCAAUCAAAAUGAAAGUGUUUUCACCCAAAUGUUUACAACAGCAGUAAUGACCUGCAGCCAAUGAGUUUAUUGUUUUAUAUAGUACGUGUGCCUAAAAGGAUCUUUAACAGUUGCCCGUUCCAUGUAGCACUCUGUUUUGGUGCACCCAAUAGAAGAUAGAUACAGGAUAGGUCUCAGUGCUUUAUUCACACUUUACAACUCUGAUAAGCAACACUCCAUGCUUGCACGUAAGUCCACACACAAAACUAUUGACCUGAUACCUGAACAAACAGUUUACCAUUCCACGCAGACAGCAUUAACCUUCCAACAGGAUGAUCAGUCCAGCUAGCCAGGUAAUAAUCUUACCAGCCAAGGGGCUUGUUGUAUUUAGACGCGAUGCAGCUCCUUUCAGAUGGGUAUGAGGUCAUGUCUUUCUCCAUUUCCAUUACUAUCACUGGUUGCUUGUAUGGCUUGUUCCACCUACUUUGCCCCAGGCAUUCCCCUUGGUUAUUCCCACCUAACGUGUAAGGGCUUAUAAAACUAGUGACCUCAUUUGUUUUUCCUAGUCUGAUAUGUAACCUUGUGAUAAUUUUGCAUGUUAUUCCACACUUCUUCAUAAACAUGUUUACCCCUUA